GGGAGGGCGCACGGGAGGAAGGAGGAAGCCGCCAUCUUGGAGCGUCGAGUCGCCAUAACAAGGCACCAAGGGGGAGCGAGAGGAUUUUUAACCUGGGAGAGUGGGGGGAGUGCGGCUGUUGGCGAUUGAAGCGAAUGACUUCUGCUAUAACUCAACUUCGAUAGAGGGCUUUUUUUAAAAAAAAGUUGAUCCACAGUGCAUCAGAGCAAGUUACUAUACUUUUGAGUGACUUACAGGUGCUUGCCUGCAUUGCAAUAAAGGACUCAUAUAUUGAGCAAGACUUAUUUAUCUCUUCAUUUUGGAGAGUCUAAUAAACUGUUAUUACAGUUUCUGUACUGACUUUCAAAGUUUUGAAGUCUAAAAAAGACAUCUUUAAAAACAAAAGCAUGAGCACGGCCAGAACAGAGAACCCUGUUAUAAUGGGUCUAUCCAGUCAGAAUGGGCAGUUGAGAGGCCCUGUAAAACCCAGUGGGGGCCCAGGAGGUGGAGGCCCACCAACUCAGCAACAGAUGAACCAGCUGAAAAAUGCCAACACAAUCAACAACGGCACUCAACAGCAAGCACAGAGUAUGACCACCGCUAUUAAACCUGGUGAUGACUGGAAAAAGACUUUAAAACUCCCUCCAAAGGAUUUGAGAAUCAAAACUUCGGACGUGACCUCCACAAAAGGAAACGAGUUUGAAGAUUACUGUUUGAAACGGGAGUUGCUGAUGGGAAUUUUUGAAAUGGGCUGGGAAAAACCAUCUCCUAUUCAGGAGGAGAGCAUCCCCAUUGCUUUGUCUGGUAGGGAUAUCUUGGCUAGAGCAAAAAAUGGAACAGGCAAGAGCGGAGCCUACCUCAUUCCUUUACUUGAACGGCUAGACUUAAAGAAGGACAAUAUACAAGCAAUGGUGAUUGUUCCCACCCGUGAACUAGCCCUGCAGGUCAGUCAAAUCUGUAUCCAAGUCAGCAAACACAUGGGAGGUGCCAAAGUGAUGGCAACAACUGGAGGAACCAAUUUGCGAGAUGACAUAAUGAGGCUGGAUGAUACAGUGCAUGUGGUGAUAGCUACCCCUGGGAGAAUUCUCGAUCUCAUCAAGAAAGGAGUAGCGAAAGUUGAGCAUGUCCAGAUGAUAGUAUUGGAUGAGGCAAAUAAGUUGCUGUCUCAAGAUUUUGUUCAAAUAAUGGAAGACAUUAUUCUCACACUACCUAAAAACAGGCAGAUUUUGCUCUACUCAGCCACUUUUCCAUUGAGUGUACAGAAGUUCAUGAAUUCCCACUUGCAGAAACCCUAUGAGAUUAAUCUGAUGGAGGAGCUGACCUUGAAGGGAGUUACCCAGUACUAUGCCUAUGUAACCGAGCGUCAGAAAGUACACUGCCUCAAUACUCUGUUUUCCAGGCUCCAGAUCAACCAGUCGAUCAUUUUCUGCAAUUCCUCUCAACGUGUUGAAUUGCUAGCCAAAAAGAUCUCCCAGCUGGGUUAUUCCUGCUUCUAUAUCCAUGCUAAAAUGAGGCAGGAGCACCGCAAUCGCGUGUUCCACGAUUUCCGCAACGGCUUAUGCCGCAAUCUUGUUUGCACUGAUCUGUUUACCCGAGGUAUUGAUAUACAAGCUGUGAAUGUGGUGAUAAACUUUGAUUUCCCAAAGCUGGCAGAGACUUAUCUCCAUCGUAUUGGCAGAUCAGGUCGCUUUGGUCACCUUGGCCUGGCCAUCAACUUAAUCACCUAUGAUGAUCGCUUCAACCUGAAAAGUAUUGAGGAGCAGUUGGGAACUGAAAUUAAACCCAUACCAAGCAACAUUGACAAGAGCCUUUAUGUGGCAGAAUACCACAGUGAACCUGUAGAAGAUGAGAAACAGUAAACACGUAUGCUUUGAUUACACAUGCCAGAAGGUGAAGCCCUUUGAUCCAGAUCUGUGACACAUCGUUUCUCUGGGGAUACCCUUCUCUUUGUGGGUUUUUCUUCGUCUUUUCAUUUCGGAACUAUGAAGACUAAAGAGCUCGGCCUUUUUUCUUUUCAAAUUUGACAGCAAGAAAGAAAGAAGAUAAAAGGAGGAAUGUCUUUUUGUUUUUUUCCACUUGUUUGCACUGUGUGCUGAUUGAACAUUAGUUGCACUAACUGCUGAUUUUAAAUUUUUUUUCUUUGGGUGGGAGGGGCAGCAAGGGAAGAAGAGAAACCCUGAAAAGAGAAGAAUCUUGAUGAACACAAGCUUGUCUGCAAUUUCAAAUUCUUCAACCGCUGACUGAGUGCAUUUCAACUUCUCCCUGGUUACUCAUCUGUUUUUUAAGCUAAAGAGCUUGUUACUUAUUCGUGCAAAGUGCCUUAUGCUAUGAGACCAUUCAGAAUAUCACCUUUCUGACAGCCCAAGGAAUCAACAGCCGGUUUUGGUUUCAGGUCAAAGUUCCCCCCUCUUCCCCUCUUCUCCUCCCCAAGUACUUAAGCCUGGGGCUGGGAGGUGAAAUGUUUUGGUAAUACUACUAAUUUCUUCAAU